AUGCAACUGCCUGCUUCGAAUGGGACUGUAGCUGCUUCUACAGCUGAAACACCACCUACAGGAUGCUUUCCUGUUCCUAAUCCUGGGGAAUGUUUCUGGCAAACCCAGCCUCAUCCGAAGAGUAACCAUCGCUCGACGGAACAAUUGCCCGAGCACAGUGACAUUGUUAUAAUCGGCGCUGGCUACGCUGGUAUCAGUACAGCCUACCAUAUCGUGAAGGACCAUAAGGAUUUCAACAAGUCAAUCACAAUUCUGGAAGCCAGGGGAGUGUGCUCGGGCGCAACAGGUCGCAACGGCGGUCAUCUCCGGCCAGACUUCUACGGUCAUAUUCCCACAUACAUCGAUCGCGCCGGUGCGCGUGCAGGGGCUGAGAUAGCGGAGUUCGAGAUAGCUCACCUUCCCGCACUCAAGAAAGUCAUUGAGGAAGAGAAGAUCGAUUGUGACUUUACCUUGACAAGGACCAUCGACGUCUGGUGCAACGGGGAAGCCGCAGCAAAGGCCAAGGCGACCUUCGACAGCGUAGUUGCGCAAAAGUGCUAA